UGUUCGGUUUCUUUGUUGAUCGUGAUGAAACAAUUUCUAGCAUUGGUGUUCCUACUAUGGGACAUUUUAGUUUGGGGCAAAGUUCUCGUCGAUGUCGAUGACGAAGUGUACGAGUGCGAAAAUUCGCUCCCUAUUGCGGCAGUUCUUUUUUCCAACCUCGAAUACACCCUGGACGAUGAUAAGGUCCUGACGAUCAACGGAAGAAUCGACAUCACGGACGAUUACGAGGCACCAAUUGGGCUCAACUUUUCCACCCAACACUUGGAGCGUGGCGAAUGGAGGACGGGCGUGUUCAGCUCGUUGAUCAAGGAUUUCUGCCCCGACAUUCUGAACCCCAUGAAGCCGUGGUAUUUCGUGACGAAAACGCUGAAUCAAACCAAGUGCCCGUACAAAAAGGGGCACGUGGAAAUAAUGGACGAUUUCAAGUACGGGACGUACGGUGUUCCAAUUCCAUUUAACAUGUUGGGCGAGUGGAAACUGUUCUGGGAAAUUUCCACAAAACGCAAUGGACAAAUGGUGAAGGAGUGCAACAUGCAGCGAGUUUUUCUAACGGAUGGCUAGAAAACUUCAAAUUUUUCGGAUGGAAAAUCUGAUUUCAAGAAAUAUAUUUCGUCCUCACUUCGCACUUAGAGGAUAACUACAAACCUAAA